AUGGAACGCUUUAUUAGAGGAAGCCUUUAUGGAAGUGUAUUUGGUGAUGCUUGUGGGGCACCAUUUGAGUUGAGAUUGGAAGUGGCACUUAAGGAUGUGUUGAAAUUUUUUAAUAAGAGAUUUUCAGGAAAAAAGGUUGGCAUUUUAAAUUACACGGAUGAUUCUGAAAUGGCACUAUGUAUUUGUGAGUCUUUGAAAAGAUCAAAUGGGUUCAAUGCAUCCGAUUUGGCUAAGACAUUUUAUGAUGCGUACGAUUGUUCGCCUCAAUGCCGUCUUUAUGGUGGUUCUAUUGGAGGUUUGUUCGGAAAAAUGAAGGCGAAGAAUUUCGUCAAUCCAUCUUCAAUCGCAGCCGCUCAGUUUAACGGCAGUGGAUCGUAUGGAAAUGGUGGUGGUAUGCGGGUUACUCCUGCUGCUAUCUAUGGCCUUAAACUCGGUACUGAUGAGUUCAAUAAGUUAAUAUGCGAUGUUACUUCAAUCACGCAUACCAACCCACUAGCGCUCUAUGGGGCUCUACUUCAGGCCCAUGCGAUUAGAAGAAUAAUUACACUUUCCGCCAAAUAUGGUGCCGGCUUUAAAAUCGAUACGGGCUUAUUGAUUGGCGGUCUCGUAGAGGACCUUACAAAUGCGGAUCUCUCAGCGUAUGCCUUUGGACGCCCGUCCAACUUUCAUAAGAAUGCGCUUCAACAUUUUCGUGAAAAGAUCUCUACUGUUCAGGAAUUUAUCAGCCGAGACCACCGCCCAAGUGUUGGCGAGGUUGUUUCUAAAUUAGGUAAGCUGCUUGAGUUCACUAGAACAUUACAAUAUUAA